UCUUAUAAUGAAUAUGUUAUGCAACCAAGUAACUGUUCAGGUCAGAAAAUGGAUAAUCGUGAUAAUGAACAUCCUAUUAUUGGAAAAUUUCUGCCAAAAGGCAAUAUCUUGUUAUCUUACCAAGCCCAACAAAUUAAGUUUGUAAUAACUAUUAGCAAUGAUGAACAUGAUCCUUGGAGUAAAAAAUCUGAUGAUGCAUUUUACAAAUCUUUGCCAUUUGGUCCCAGUCCUACAUGA